CUUAUUUCCAGAGGGACGUAACUCGAUUUUUUGGCAAAAUGUCAUGUUUGGUAUCGUUGGAUUCGUAAUUUCAAGCUUUACAAGAUGGGCCGACUUACACCCAUGUAGAACUAAUAAUAAACACGCUAUUUUCCGUUCCAAGAAGACGUAAGUCCGUUUAAACACAUAAUUUGAUUUCCAAAAAGUCGUAACUCAACAACCAAUGGGAAUGGCCGAUUUCAUUCUAAACGGUGCUAGGGUACAAUUUUCACUUGCAAAAGUAUCCAUUUUUGAAAACUGCAUCGUAAAGUUAACAUGAUUUUGAUCAAGUUAUGGGAAUUAUUUUUAAUAGAAAAUGAGUGCAAGGAUUCAAGAUCUGCCUAGUGAAGUAUUGGUGAAAAUAUUCCAGUUUUUACAACUUGAAGAUCUAUUAAGAACGGUCAAUCGUGUCUGUGUUCUCUUCUACAAUCUAAUUGAAAAUUCUGCUGUAUUGUGGAAAGAAAUUGAUUUCUCACACCCACUGGAACUGACAGCAAACAAUUUGUAUCAGGUGCUUCGACAUUCUAGGAAGAUAGAAACAUCGUUACUACCUUGUGCAACAUACCAUUGUGCUAAUGCAAAUUAGACAGAAUAUUUACGACAUCAGACUUCACUUCGCUGGUUUGGAUUGACAUAACUGAUGCGAAAGUAUCAACUUUGUGUUUCCUGUAUGGUGCACCAAAUCUAGAAAUAGUGAACGUUAGUGGAUGUUCGAACCUUAUAGAUGAUGAUUUCUUGGUACUUAAAGACAGCACUAAACUAGAACAGAUUUAUGUGAGUUUCACAAGAAUACUACCAGAAACUUUGGAAGUAAUUUGCAAAGAUAAACCUCUCAUCUGUGUAGAUGCAUGUGGAGUCAAACUGAACAUUCAAACGUGCCAGAACAUUUUGCAAAACACAACUGGAGAGCUUGUCUACUUCAAUAUAUCACUGUGUUCUUCUGUUUCCAAAGAAAACUUUAAAGCAGAAAUUCUGGAUUUAUACCUGAACACAUCUAUUUCAAUACACAACCAUGAGUACUAGUAAAUUCAGUUUAAGUGAAGUUAUGAACAUGCUGGAAGAUGAUCAGUUACAGUAUAGUGAUGACUUGUUUGAGAGCAAUGGUGAACAGUCUUAUGAUGUAAAUGAAAUAUUUGACAAUGUACCAAAUGAUUUAUGCGACCAGCAGUUCAGUGAGCAAAAUGAAACUAACCUAAACACUUUUGACAAUGUGGACGAUUCUAUAUCUUUAGCACAUAAUUCGGAAGAAAAUUUAAGUACUAUUCCUGAUACAGUAACGUUGAAUUUUUAUGACACUAGCAGAUUACCAGAAUCAGAAAUAUCAGAGGAGACAUGUGAUUCCCACUUUAAAGAUUACCAGAAAUAUAGUUCUGUGAUCAAUUUCAAAGGAGUUCCCUAUACAAAGGUCAAAGUUUUGAGAUAUACUAAGAGCCAGCCAUUGCUGGUUGAGUUUAAACUUGCUUUCAGUGAACAACAAUACCAAAACUAUAUUCUUGUCAGACGUCAAACAAGAACAACUGAAGAAACACUGAGAGAACUGCCCAGUACACAGCAAUUAAGAAAAGUACCAGUGAUUCCACUAAAUAAGAAAAAAAAGAUUUGUCAAGUACUAUAGGGGCUGCAAACUUGUGAUUGAAAAGCAGUGACUGAAAUCAAGCUUAGAUGGGAUCUGUGUUGGGGUUAUGAGAACUGUAUUUGGGUUAUGAGAAAUUUGUUUGGGUUAUGAGAAGUGUGUUAGGGUUAUGAGAACUGUGUUGGGGUUAUGAGAACUGUGUUACGGUUAUGAGAACUGUGUUGGGGUUAUGAGAAACAUCAGGUUAUUGUUAGUCUGUAUGUGCAUCAGAUAAUAUAUUGAGAUAGGGGUUUCUAAAGUAUGAUAUCUGUAUUACAGUAUGAUAUGUUGUUUUAGUUUUCAUAAAGUUUACUGUUGGUGUUCAUAAUGUUAUCAUUUGAUCAUAAAUAGCA